CGCGCCUUAGCCUGUCACUUAGACAUCGCAGGAGCAGCGCUGACAGACAGGCCAACACGCACACACACACUCGGACGUACUCUCUCUCCGCGCACGGUUAACCUGUUCCUCGGACCGAAAAGGGAAACGCUUAAGUCUCAGCAGCCAUGCGGUCGAUCUACCCCCAGCUCUUCAGCGUGCUGUUUGUGUUCACCUGUCUGCAGCUCCACUACACAGAGGGCUGUACGUGCGCCCCCUCGCACCCGCAGGAUGCCUACUGCAACUCGGAGAUAGUGAUCCGGGCCAAGGUGGUCGGCAAGAAGCUGGUGAAGGAUGGCCCCUUCGGCACCAUGAGAUACACGGUGAAGCAGAUGAAGAUGUACAAAGGCUUUGAGAAGAUCCAUCACGUCCAGUACAUCUACACGGUCGCCUCGGAGAGCCUGUGUGGCGUCAAGUUCGACAUCAACAAGUACCAGUACCUGAUCACAGGGCGCGUGUUCGAGGGUAAAUUCUACACGGGCCUGUGCAACUUCAUCGAGAAGUGGGAGCGCCUGACCCUGGCGCAGAAGAAGGGCUUCAACCACCGCUACCAGCUGGGCUGCGGCUGCAGGAUUAAGCCCUGCUACUACCUGCCCUGCUUUGUGACCUCCAAGAACGAGUGUCUGUGGACCGACAUGCUGUCCCACUUCGGCCACCCCGGCUACCAGUCCCGCCACUACUCGUGCCUCCAGCAGAAGGAGGGCUACUGCAGCUGGUACCGGGGCCUGAUCUCACGCGACAAAACCAUCAUCAACGCCACCGACCCCUGAUCCUAGCUAGCACACCCCCACGGUCUGCCAAACCACCAACAUCAACCCCAACCCCAACCCCACCUCCAGCUCCCCAGCAAAACAGGCCCCCUUUACUCACAUCUUUGCUGUUGCCUGGUUCCCCCCCCCCCCCCCCCCCCCCCUCCACCAUCUCCCUCUCCAGCCCUCCCCCCGAUCAAAUCUCUAUACAACCAUGAGACUGUAAAGGUCCCCUUGUUGGGUGAGUGCAUUCCUUGAGAGAGUGGAGGGAGGAGGAAGAGGAGGGAGGGAGGGACACAACUUCAUAACAGUGCCUGUCUCAAAGCCCUUCUGAUGAUCCGAAAAUACCAGUUUUAUUUUGGGUGUACUGACAGCUUCCAUCCUUUGUUUCGACACGCCCCACGUUUGUUGGUUCCCCCCACGGGGCCCAUUUCACAUAAAAAGCGCAGUUUGGCCGGUUCCUGUAGGGCUUGAUGUUGGAGGGACUUUUAAAGCUGGUCACUUUUGAAAACACUUAAGAGCGUUGGGUGAGGUCAGAGCCGAGCCAACCUUAGCUUAAAGCGAGAAUCACUAUGUAAAUUUGCUGUACAAAGCUAACUAGCUAGAGAGCUACAUGCUACAAACAUUUACGAUGCAGUCCUGCACAGUACUUAGCCACAACAACACAGAUACCAUGCUAGGUCACAGAUAACAUUCUAGGUCACAGAUACCAUGCUAGGUCACAGAUACCAUGCUAGGUAUGUCUCUCUGUCGGUUGUACCUCUUAGCUUAGCUUGAACGAAGAGACGUUUCCAAGGGUUUAUAUUGGUAUUCUAUAUUUAAUAUUAGCAUAGUUUCACAGUGAAGUAUAUAUAUUAUAUCUUUAUUUUGUUCACAGUUUCAACUGUAACAUGUUUUUUAUUUAUGGAUAGAGUCUGAUUUCCUGCCUUUUGGUACUGUCACUAAUGUGUUCUGUCAUAACUCAACUCAAAACGUUGAACAGUUUCUGAAUAACCGUUGAAAUAAGUAUUCAUCCUGUUUUUUGUUUGUUUUUAUCAGCUUUUGUAAACAUAUCUGUUACAGUGCCAUUGCAGGAAAGAAAGAUAUAUUUUUAGAGGGAUGGUUAUAGUAUAUUUUUCAGUUUAUGAACAAACUACAAAAAAAGGCCUAUCCAAUCAUCCGGAACCUCUGCAUUUAUUUGCCAGACUAUUUACAGAGACUGUAACCAAACCAGAAUUCAGAAGAUAGCAGCUGGGCUAAAAGCUACGGCAACCGCCACAGCAUGCUAAGCUAGCUAUGUUUUGGAACUAGCUUAGCAUCAAGUGUGUCUCUGUGCCACUGAUCUUUAAACUAUGGCCGUCGUUUGAAUCACCUUCAGAAGAUGUUUGAAAUGAUGUUGCACAAGUAUGUCAUGUUCACGUACCAAAUCCACAGCAUAGGGUAAAGCAGAGGUUUCAGACAAAUAUAUAUGUUUUAUAAGUGUAUAUUCCAUAUGAUGUAUUUAACUAUUUGAAAAUGAAAAAGAAAGUUACAACAUUGUUACUCCCAAUCCUUCCUCAAUGUUUUUUAGGAAGAGGUUCAUGUGUUUGUUAUUGUUAUUACUUCAAGUUCAGUCACUUCAAUCCAUUCCAAACAUCGUCACACACAGGCCACGUCAUAGCGGUGGACUCCAGCCCCCAGAUAUGUACUAUACACAGGACUCAAGUUUCUCUUUCUUAACUCCUUUGCUAUGAACACUGACGACAAAAUACCAGUUAACCCUUCAACGUUCAACGUCUGCAUGCGACAUUGUAUCCCGUGAGGCUGGUUAAAAGUCAAACCUCUUAUCUUGUUUACUGCAUUCAUUUCCUGUGUUUCCUCUCUGCUCAAGGCCUUGGUGUAGCAUGCGACUAAAUAUCCGCAAGAGUUUCUGUUUCACGUUCGAUUCCUCUACAGUUUAUUAUAAACCAGUAAGUCUUCCAAGGCCACUUGGGGUGGAAAUGCAUCCCUUCAGCUGAGCCUUGCCACUUUGGAGUUAAAGAAAGUGCUAACUUAUUAAGAUAAAAGGAUUAAUCAACGUGAAAUGAAAUGUUGAAGUGUUGUCUGGUUGCCUCAAACGCUAUAAACACCUCCUCUUAAUCAAGCCAAUAUCGUGCCAGAUCAAAGCUUCCCUUUGUAGAAACCGUCCAACUUGGAACAGAUAGUUUGGCUCUGCCUCGAGACAGUUGGGCUAUCGUCAAAGAAAAGGAAGUGAAUUAGAUGAAAAACCAAGAAUUCAGGGGAGUAAACGGUAGUAAAAUACAACUCCCCAGAUGUCUCGUGCUUCGCGGCGGGGCUAAUUGCCCAGCUGUAGCGCUCGUCUCGUAAAUGUUGUGUUUUCUCUUUUGUUUUUGUGUAAAUAUGCCGACCGCUUCGAGAGGCACUGUGUACGGUUCUAUGGUGUUGCUGUUUACAGAGCGAGUACACAAACGCUUAAUACUGCAAUCUAUCUUACAGUUUAUCUUCCCCCCCAUGUGAGUCCUGCUAGCUUAUUUUGUCGGUUGGGAGUUGCAACUCGCCAGGGCAGGGUGAACAGAUAGAAUCCCUGUGUCUAUCAUUAUUUAAAUGUUAUGUGUAUUUAUCAUGUUGGUUUGACUUGUGGAACACUUGCGGUCGAGGACAGAGCGAAUAUAAUAAAUAAACACUCUAUUCCAACAUAUUAUGGUUUAGAAGAAGACAACAUUUACAAGGUUUCCCCCUUGAAGAAACAAAAUGGUGGAGUGCAUUAGCGAUCGAAGAAGUAGCAAGCGCCGUCACUGUACAGUCUGUGUGUUCCCUGGUUCCCAAAGGAGCCAAAGUUUCCAUGUAUGGGUAACAAAGUAUGACUUAAUUUCUUGCGUUUUUAUAUUUUUAUAAUAAAGUUUUAAUGAAAAGGGCAA